AUGCGCCUCCUCGCCGCCGCCCUGACGCUCGCGUCCACGCAUGCCGUGCAUGACAUCGUGGACCUCUAUGCCAAGCCGGACACGAGCAUGCGAACGCAGCUCGGCGCGCAUUUCCAGGACGGCCACCCCGUCAACGCGCUCGUCGUGUUCCACCUCGAGGGCUGCGUCUUCUGCGAGAUCACCAUGGGCACCAUGCUCUACGAUACGACCCACGACGGCGUUCUGAACGCGACGGGCAUCCAGCCCUUCAAGCUGCUCGUCGACGCCGAGGGCACGCCGAACGGCACCUUCACGUUCUGCAGCGGCUCCGCCGACUGCGUCGCGCAGUCGAAAAAAAUCCUCGGCGUCGACCCCGCGGCGCUCGCGUCCUUCCCGACGACCUACUACUACGACGCGGGAGGCGCCGCGAGCGACGUGUCCGACGCGAAGUGCGGCAUCGCCGUGCGCCGCGACGGCCCGGCGGGCUGCGCGCCGGCGACGGCCGCGGCGUGCGCGCCCGCGGCCAACGACCUGAGCAACUGGGUCUGCAACGCGGCGACGAAGCACGCGGCGACGGACUGCGCCGCCGCGUCGCCCGCCUGGGAGCG